GUGCCUAGGCGGAACUGAAGUCAGACGACUCGGUUUCUGGUACGAACAGUGACGGGGACUUACACAGGAAGUGUGUGUUGUCGUCGUUAUGGCGUCUGUGUUGUAGUUAGCAGGUCUGUCUUUACUCGUACUGUUGUUGUUGUUGUUGUUGAUGAUCUAAGUGCGUAAACAUGCCGAAGGUUGUGUCGAGAAGCGUCGUGUGCUCGGACACCAGAGACAGAGAGGAGUACGACGACGGAGAGAAGCCCCUCCAUGUGUACUACUGCCUCUGUGGGCAGAUGGUGUUGGUGCUGGACUGCCAGCUGGAGAAGCUGCCCAUGAGGCCCCGGGACCGAGCCAGGGUGAUCGAUGCGGCCAAACACGCUCACAAGUUCUGCAACGUGGAGGUGGACGAAAACGCGUACCUCAAGAGAGCCGAGGGCAUCGAGAGGCAGUACCGCAAGAAGUGCGGCAAGUGCGGCCUGCUGCUCUUCUACCAGCACCAGGAGAAGAACAACCCGGCCACCUUCAUCGUGGACGGAGCCGUGGUCAAGUUCGGGCAGGGCUUCGGCAACACCAGCGUCUACAGCCAGAAACAGCCGGAGGCUCCCAAGAAAGUCCGUGUGAUGAUGACCAAGAGGACCAAAGACAUGGGCAAGUUCAGCUCCGUCACUGUUUCCACCAUCGACGAGGAGGAGGAGGAGAUCGAGGCCAGGGAGGUGGCGGACUCGUACGCCCAAAACGCCAAAGUGAUUGAGAAGCAGCUCGAGAGGAAAGGUAUGAGUAAGAGGAGGCUCCAGGAGCUGGCCGAGCUGGAGGCCAAGAAGGCGAAGAUGAAGGGCACACUGAUUGAUAAUCAGUUCAAGUAGAGGGAGGGACACACAGAGUUAUCCUCUGGAGAUCCAUGCAGGGUCUGUACAGGACUGGUCAGCUGUCGGUCUGGACGACACAGCACAGAGAGGACAAUAUCUGGACAUAUCAGCACAGGACUGAUGAUUUGUACAAGUGUUGGGGAUCAUGGGGUGAUGUUUUAAGACUUUACAUUUGUUUAAAAUGUUAUUUUGUACAAAAACGAAUUAAAAGAUCAAAUCAGC